AUGUCCAAACUGAAAGACCUCGACCAUUCGGCCCGGACGUCCGGCCCAGAUCAGAUGUCUCUCACUGACCAUCUACUUACGCUGCCAACACCCGUUCCCUAUGCAGACGCGCUCAAGCAUCCAUUCCUGAUAUCCGCUGCCGAGGGUACCCUUCCCCAUGAGCGACUCGGUUUCUGGCUCUCCCAGGACAGGCUGUAUGCCGCUCAUGCUUAUCCUCGCUUUAUCGGCUCGCUGAUCUCAGCCAUUCCAUACGAUACAUCGCACAAAAUUGGGUCCCCCGAGGAGCGCUUGAACCAACGUAUACUCGAUGUCCUGGUCUUCUCUCUUACUAAUGUCGUGAGAGAAGUCGGCUUCUUUGAGGAGACGGCGAAGGAGUGGGGCCUCCGAAUCGAAGGCUGGAAGGAGCGGAAGGGUACGAGGGACUAUACGGCUGAGAUGGCCCGCGUUUCCAAGUCUCUUGAAGAAGGAUUAGUGUUUCUAUGGGCAAUGGAAAAGGUUUAUCUGGAUUCUUGGAUCGCCGUCCAUACACAACUGUCCAGCUCUCUCGAUACUAUUCCUCCAACACCCACGCGGUCAGCAUUAUUAUCUCUGUCGGGCAACUGGAGUAACAGCGAGUUCAAAGCCUUCGUCGAUACUCUGGCUGGUAUAGUCAAUGAUUCAGGAAUAAUGCCUGGGUCUGCAUCAUGGAGGCGAGCUGAAGAAGUUUGGGCCAGGGUGGUGGAGCUGGAAGCAGCGUUCUGGCCGGAAAAUGGUGAAGAGUCCAGUAUGCUUUCCUGAAGUCAGCAUUACGCGAAAAAAGCCGGCUAGCCCAGUCAAAACAUCGUGUUUAUUACUAGAACUUAUAAUGAUUUGCUGAUGUUCGUCAAGACAGCUAUGGGGAAGAAGCGCUCAGCAUACAAUUUCGA